AUACUACAGAAAGAAACGAAUACAAUUUGGACAACGACUUUGCAGUCACGGUUAUAAUAUAUCGGCAAGCAGCGUAGCUUGAGAACUCAACGAGAAAGUCGGACACACUAGAGAGUACUCCAUCUAUGGAUGUUACGUAGAGGCGGAAGUAAACAGUGACAACAUGAGGAUGAUUUCUCAUAGGAUCAAGAGGUGUUGACCUCUAGUGGACAUAAUUGCAACUGCAACAUUGGGUGAACAAAAAUGAUAAAGUCCCCAAGUUUUUGCUUUAACUAGAUUAGAAUAAUGCUGAGUAGGCUACUCAGCUGGCGAAAAGGCAUGUGUGUCCGACUUCCGACUUUUUCUUUAUCGCGUCAUGUUUCGCAUAAUUACGUCAUUAAUUGUUGUGGCAAGUUUGCUUUAUCUUUCUAGGAUCAGCCGAGUGAAAUUCCACUCACAGAGGAAGAAGGUAUCAUGCAUAAUGACAGACUCGGGAGCUGGAUCCUCGAAACCACUGAAGGGUAUUCUGAAGAAAGUUAAAUCCUAUGAUAUAGACUCGUCGAUCCACGGUCCUGAGUGCCCCCUGCAUGACCAGCGAUCAGAAGGACCUCUUGACCCCCGGCAGGGCCGCGCUGGCCCGGGGUCGGGCAAGCCGCUCAGAGGCAUCCUGAAGACCAGCGCAAGCUGUGGCGCGGCGGAGGAUCGCGCCGAUUCUAAUAGCACGAAAUUGAGACAAAGACAGCGAUGGGAUGAGUCCAACAUUUUGGCCACGAGCUGUCAUUCCUGGCUCAACGUUCCCAAAACUGGAUCUCACCUAUGCAGCCUCACCAUGUUGGAUUGGCCUGCUUCCAACGCGUGGGAGGAGCAGACAUGUCUGUGUAUCAGUAAGAGGAAGAGAAAGAGCCAGAGCUGGAAUGAGAUGAGUAUCCUGGCCACUCAACAGCCCUACAGCGGGAACAGCCCCUGGAUUCAAGUGGAUGACAGCUGUCCUGCUGGUGUGGCAUGGCAGUCACUGUCCCUCACUGAUGAUGCAGAGACCAGCCCCAGCUUGACCUCUGACCCUCGGCCUGUGGCCUCGCCACCAAGGCAGGAGAGCAAUUUCAGUUCAUAUCCACCCAAGUCACCAGCCUGUGAUAGGAUAGGAGACAGGAGGAGGUAUCAGUCCAAACAGGAAGGCCAGAAACGUACCAAAGUCCAAGAUGAAGGAGCACCAGGUGGCAGAGACUACAGUGGUACCUCUCCCCUUUCCUCCCCUUCCUCCCUCCUCUCCUAUCGUACCUGCUCCCUGUCACCCCCUCCCUCCCCCCUGCCUUGCUCUCCCUACCUUUUAUAUUCCUCUCUGUCGCCCCCUCCCUCUUUGUCGCCUCCCUCUCCGUACCCCCUGUCCACCUCCUUGUCGCCCCCACCCCCCUCCCUCCUGUCUUCCAGUCUGUCAUCACCUGUGUCCCCCUCGCCUCCCCCCCCCACAAACAGCCCCAGCUUUGAGAAGCUGAGGAAAGCACACCGCAGGGAGAACAGGCGGGUGUUGUUGGCCCUCAGGUCCGUGGCCAGAGACGAGGAAGCGAGGGACAAGGACGAUGCUACUGAUGACACAGUCCCAGCCAUGUGCUCCUGUAUUGACUGCUGCAGCUCCCCCAGUGGUGCGGAGUGUACAGUACAGACAAGCAACCAAACAGAUGUGGAGGAGAAGGCGGUUCACUCCGAUCCUUGAUGUCAGAGUACACUCUCUCAGGACCAGUGUCUCUGAGGCCUCCACACCGCACACCUCCACAGCUCGCUAAAACAUCUACUGACCAAUAAACAUCUGGAGACCUCCACAGUGUUGUUCUCCUAACUGUAUCUGGACUGUGUGUGUUGUAGUUCCAGUGGGUCACAAUUGUGUCUGGAUCCACGUUGUUGCCAAGGAAACACUCAGUGUACUCUUCAUUUUAAUAUUGAUGACCAAUUAACACCAAAUCAAAUUAA